AUGGGGUGGUAUUUUUGGAUUCUCUUGGGCUGGGAAAUCACACAAGAUUUUCUUGACAAAAAUACCCUCCCUUAUGGCACCAUCUUUGUCUUUGAUGGAAGACAGUUUCUGGUUACCCUUGUUGCUGGGAGUGGGGAGGCUGCAAUUAGUAUACAUCAGUAUCGUUGGCCACUGGGAAUCGUCGUGCUCUAUACACCACAUUCAAGCGAGCAAUACCGGAAAAUCACAAGUGCCAGAUCCUCCCCACCCCUUGAAAAAAACAUGUGGUGGGCUUUUGGAGGACUCAUCGCCGCUCCCAUAAUUUCAUUCUGCCUCUAUACCUUCAUUAUAUAUUAUGAAGGUCUUGAAUGCGCGCCGCCACAAGAUAGGGGAUCUGCUUGCGGAAACAUAUUUAACAACAGUUCUGCAUGCGUCGAUCCCAGUUACGAAGUGAUAUGUGAAGACAAGAAAGCAGUGAUGUACAUAAACUAUGGAAGACGUGACGCUGCCGCCAUUAUAGCAGCACCUAAUUCCACCUUCCGUUACAUCACAACCGGAGUUGGAGUUCAUCCCGAUAAUUGCUCUAUCAUCAAUUGUCGCUCCUUACCGUACGAAAACAUCACCUUCUUCACUUCUCCUGAUGAUCGUAUUUUUUAUUCUUUGAUAGUUGUCAGCUGCGAAAAACCAGUAAAUCAUGAUGGCUACUGGGACAUCUCUGCAGCGCACUGUGGCAAAAACGAAAACCAUUCUUAUUCUUAUGCUGUGGUCGGACCUUACACAGCCGCAGACGUGGCGGAGUCUUGCACCGUAGAGUUGGAGGUAAUGAUAAGUUUUUUGAGAACGAUGAGAUGUAGCAGAAACUGUGCUUAUCCAGAGAUUCAUAAUGAGUAUGCGAAGGGGAUAGAGCUUCGGUGGCGACCAUUACGCUGUGAUGACUGGGAACCGGAACGCUGGGACUUCAUCUGCACGCUGCAAGCUGCAGGGAAUAGUUUCCUCCCUUUUGGAAUGAGUGUGAUGGCAUGGGUCGGUGCAAAAUUUGUACUUGGGUCACCCUUUGUGGUUGCUUUCUUGAUAUAUAAAUGGAGAAAAUGGAAUUUAUCCGGAGAUGAUAAUGACACGGUUGAAGAUUUUAUACAGAGUCACAAUAAUUUCAUGCCCAUAAGGUACUCUUACUCUGAAAUUAAAAGGAUGACCAAAGGUUGCAAGCAUAAGUUAGGUGAAGGAGGCUAUGGUACUGUUUAUAAAGGGGAGCUUCGAAGCAAACGUUUUGUAGCUGUUAAGGUAUUGACCAAGGCCAAAACCAAUGGAGAGGAGUUCAUCAAUGAAGUUGCAACCAUUGGUAGAAUUCGUCAUGUCAAUGUGGUCCAGCUAAUUGGAUUUUGUGCUGAGAGAACAAAGCAAGCUCUUGUCUACGAGUUCAUGUCUAAUGGGUCUCUUGAGAAACACACAUUUUCACAAGAGCAAGGAAACUUAUCAAUAAGCUACGAGAAAAUCUAUGACAUUUCUCUUGGAAUUGCUCGUGGGAUUGAAUACCUACACCAAGGUUGUGACAUGCAAAUCAUACACUUUGAUAUAAAACCUCAUAACAUUCUUCUUGAUGAGAAUUUCAAACCCAAGAUAUCCGAUUUUGGGCUGGCAAAGUUGUACCGAAUAGAUGAAAGCAUUUUAUCUCUAACAGCAGCAAGAGGAACAAUGGGAUACAUGGCUCCUGAGUUGUUGUACAAAAACAUUGGAGGCAUCUCACACAAAGCUGAUGUUUAUAGUUUUGGGAUGAUGUUGAUGGAAAUGGCAGGUAGAAAAAAGAACUUAAAUUUUAUGGAGAAUUCUUGGCAAAACUACUUUGCUAAAUGGGUUUAUGACCAAUUUGAGGAAACAAUAUAUAUAAACAAUGCCACCGAUGAGGAAAAGAAUGUAGCAAAGAAGAUGAUUGUGAUAGCCUUAAAAUGCAUACAAAUGAAGCCAGGUGAUCGUCCCUCAAUGAACGAAGUGAUAGAGAUGCUUGAAGCUGAUGAUGUGCUCCAAGAUGUUCUUCCACCAGAUCCAGAACCUCUCCUAACUUGGCAGAGGAUGUCAGCAGAUGAAAAAUGGAUUUGA